GAAUAACAUGAAAUGAUGCCAUCUUUAUUCUUUCACUUCCACUCAGGUCAACCAGAGUUGAAGACCAGCAUUGUGGAGUCUGGACCCUCUGGCUAUUACUACCAGGGUCUAUGGAAAGCAUUAGAUGGCACCACAGUUCAUAAUUUCGAAAACACUGCCAUCACUCAGUGUCUGAGAGGCAAGGUGGUCCACAUGUAUGGAGACUCCACUGUCAGGCAGUAUUUUGAAUUUCUCAACGCAGUACUACCAGGUCUCAAGCAGUUCAACCUGCACAGCCCAAAGAAAGCUGGACCUUACAUGUCCUUGGACUAUGUAAAUAACAUCUUGGUGACGUACCGUUUCCACGCUCCUCCUAUCCGUAUUACGUAUGUUCCUGCCCCUGAGACUCGUUACAUUGCCAAUGAAAUAGAUGGCUUGGUGGGAGGCGCCAACACUGUUGUAAUUUUUUGCGUCUGGGCUCACUUUGGAACGUACCCCAUGGAGAUCUACAUUCGGCGGCUGCGGAGCAUCCGAAGGUCAGUGGUGCAUUUGCUGGACAGGGCUCCAGACACAGUGGUCAUCAUACGGACAGGGGCCCCCAAAGCUAUGUGGCUUGAAGCGGCGAUGACCAAAAGUGACUGGCACUCUCUGCAGUGUAAUAAGGUGCUCAGAGCCAUGUUCAAAGGACUGAAUGUUCAUCUGAUCGACGCAUGGGAAAUGGUGGUGGCCCACCUCCUGCCACACAACCUCCACCCACGACCUCCCAUUAUCAGGAACAUGAUCAACGUCAUCAUGUCCUACAUAUGUCCUCAAAAGGAUGAUUAGAUGUAUGUUUGUUUUGAGAGGCACUACAUUAACCACAAUGUUUCCAAUCUACGUCAAAUAAGGAAAUGCUGAACAAUGUUAAUUGAUAAGCAAGCCAUGGCAUUUUAUAAUAUGUACCUUGACAUGUACAGCCACAUAUUUAUGGAAAAAAGGAAAUUUCCUCUUUUUUUUUUUCUUCUUGUGAAUCACAUCAUCUUCUUUGAAACAAAAACACAAAUACAUUUAUAAGACCAGAGAAGAAAACAUGAUAAAUAUACACAAAUAUACAGAAUAUGCAUAUGUUACUGAUGACAUAUGAGUCACGGGUUUAUCUUAUUAAAAUUGUCAAUUAAAGUUUGCCAAAUCAGAUAGAGUGUGUUCACCUUCUCAUCUCAAUAAAAUUUC